AUAGAUCCAGAAGUAAAGAUAAUAAUAUAAGCCAGAGCAGAGACUACUCUGGAGAAAGCCCCGAAAUAGGAAAGGAAAAAAAAAAAAAAAAACAGAGCCUUCAUAUACAGGGCGUUUCCAGGGAGUGUGACAGAGAGAGAGAAAUGGAGAGGCUGAGAAGUGGAAUAUUGUCCGGUUCGCGGGCUACGGUUGCGGGACUGGUACUGUUCGCGUUGGCCAUUCUGGUGACCGUACCGGAAGUCUCGGCGACUCGGUAUACCGUCGGAGGAAACCAGGGUUGGACUACUAAUGUAAACUACACCAUUUGGGCUCAGGGGAAGCACUUCUACAAGGACGAUUGGCUCUUCUUUGUGUACGACAGGAACCAGAUGAACAUACUAGAGGUGAACAAGACGGACUACGAAGCAUGCAAUGCCGAUCACCCUCUUCACAACUGGACUAGGGGAGCCGGAAGGGAUGUGGUUCCGCUGAAUGUGACCCGGCACUACUACUUCAUCAGUGGCAAGGGGUUCUGCUAUGGUGGAAUGAAGCUAGCCAUCCGUGUCGAAACCCCUCCUCCCCCUCCCUCGGCUUCACCAAUAAACGAAAAGAGCAGUGCUCCAAGGUCCACUUCCUACAGGGGCAAAUUUUUUUUGCCAGCCGUCUUCGCCAUUGGUGCAGCGUGGGACGCAUUCGUUCGGUUCUGGUAGUCUUCACUAGUGUGCUUUAAAUCUCCAUUGUUUAUUGAGGACAUUAGACUUACAAAACAAUGUGGGGAUGAAAAAUCCUCUUUGCAAACUUGCUCUUAACCAAUUUGUUCUUUGUUUAUUGGGGUGGUGGUAAUUUAUUUCAUUUGUGUUUGUUUGUUGUGCCCUUUGAUAGUAGUUGACCUAAACUUGGAACAAUGGUUCAAGUUAAGGGUGUUUGGUGGAGGGUUUGAAUUUUGAAAAUUGAAAAG